AUGGUUGCUGCUCUUUUAGCUUCCGGUGCAUCAGCUGGGGCUGUGACUGAUCCUAGUUCACAAGAUCCAGUUGGCAAAACCCCGGCAUUCAUUGCAGCCACCAGUGGGCACAAGGGACUUGCAGGUUAUCUUUCAGAGGUGGCACUAACUAGCCAUCUUUCAUCUCUCAGACUAGAGGAAAGUGAGCUUUCUAAAGGCUCUGCUGAGGUUGAAGCUGAGAGAACUGUAGAUAGUGUCUCAAAGGAGAGCUUUGCUGCCAAUGAAGAUCAGGUUUCACUUAAAGAUACCUUGGCUGCAGUCCGGAAUGCAGCUCACGCAGCCGCACGAAUACAAUCUGCGUUCCGUGCACAUUCUUUCAGAAAUCGACAACACAGAGAAGCUAUUAGUAUAGAUGAGUAUGGUAUGACUGCAGGUGACAUUCAAGGGCUUUCGACUAUGUCAAAGCUGGCCUUUCGUACCCACGAUAUUAAUUCAGCUGCAUUAUCCAUUCAGAAGAAAUAUCGAGGAUGGAAAGGUCGCAAGGAUUUUCUAGCACUUAGACGGAAAGUUGUGAAGAUACAGGCUCAUGUGAGAGGCUAUCAGGUUAGGAAGAACUAUAAGGUAAUAUGUUGGGCUGUUGGAAUUCUAGAUAAGGUAGUGCUACGGUGGCGACGCAAAGGAAUUGGUUUGCGAGGUUUCCGAAAUGAGGAGUCCACUGAUGAAAGUGAAGAUGAAGAUAUUCUCAAGAUGUUCCGCAAACAGAAAGUGGAUGGAGCUAUUGAUGAAGCUGUCUCUCGUGUGCUAUCGAUGGUCGAUUCUCCAGAUGCACGUCAGCAAUAUCAUCGGAUGCUGGAAAAAUACCGCCAAGCUAAGAAAGCUAGGUUUGAAGGGGAGUGGAUUAAUUGUGAGUUCCUGCCAUUUUAUCCCAAGACGGUUGCUCCUCCUAACAAGAUAGUUGCUCCUCCUUUUAUCGUCCCAGGAUUAUACCAGGAUAGUCACCGUGCGAUUUCAGUGUUUAUGUGGGGGAUGCAUGCUGAACUUGGUGACACCAGUGAAGCAGCAGCAUCUAAUUCUCUGGCUGAUGCUACUGAGAUGGAAAAUGAUGAUCUGUACCUUGUACAGUAG